AUACAUACAUUAUAUUUAUAUAUACAUAACGCACAUAUACAUACAUUAAAUUUCUUCCCUUCUUUGAUCUAGUAUAAAUUCUUUUCUCCCUUUUAAACACAUUUUCUUUGCUCGAUAAUCCUUUUAGAACUGUUUUCUCUUCUUUCUCUUUCCCCUUUCAUCUUUUGUACUAUUAAGUAUAAUAGGAACUGAUAUAUUCAUAAAUCGAAUAUGAAAAACAUUUUCAUUACCACUCCAGAAUUACCCAGAAAAAAUACAGCAUUUGAAGAAGAUAUUUAUAUGAAGUCAUCAAUAUAUGACAACAGUACAAUUGUUAUGGAUAGUCACUUGACGGAUGCAAGCACUGUAAGCACUUUGAAACCCUCCCAAUCAAUAGUUAGUAGGCUACUACGACGAGUAGACUUUGAGUAUUAUAAAAAGAGUAAAAAUAACGAAAAAGCUUACUAUAAAGAUAAUGAAGAGGACCCAUAUCGUUGGGUAAUAUUAGUUAGUGGAUUUCUUGCACAAGCUAUUAGCAUGUGUACAUUAUCAAGUUGGGGUGUCAUGCAGGAUUAUUUUGACCGAAAAAUCUUUAAAGGUUCUAUGGAUGCUACUGAGCUAAGUUUUGUUGGCACAAUUGGUUUUGCCUUUUGUGGUUUGAUGGGACCCAUUACACCAUUUUUUAUUUCGCUUUUGGGUACUCGAUGGGUAUUAUUUUUUGGUACAAUUCUGAUAUCAGCUGGUCUAAUAUUAGCGAGCUUUUCAACAAAGGUCUGGCAUUUAUAUAUUACACAAAGUGUGAUGCAUGGAAUUGGUGCUGCUCUAUUAUAUAUUGUUUCAAUGUCUAUAUCACCUCAAUGGUUUAUCAAGAGGAGAGGUUUAGCUAUGGGCAUCAUGGUCAGUGGAUCAGGUGUAGGCGGACUAAUUAUGCCAUUUGUGAUGACAGCUUUAAAUGAGUCUUUAGGUGGUGCAUGGUGUUAUAGAGUUUUGGGUAUCAUUUCCUUUGUUAUUAGUAUGUUGGCUACGCUACUUUUAAAAGAGAAUCCUUAUACAUCAACUAGUACAAAAACAAAAUUAAAAGAAAUAGUUGACUUGAAUAUAUGUAAAGACCCAAAAUUCAUUAUUUGGUGUCUUGCUGGAAAUUUAAGUAUGCUAUCCUAUUUUAUUCCAGCAUUCUAUCUUCCAUCUCAUGCAACAAAGAUUGGACUUUUACCAGCUCAAGGAUCCAUCUUAGUAGCUAUAUUUUCUGCUGUUAAUGUAAUAGGUCGCAUUAUUUCAGGAUAUUUAGGUGACCAUAUUGGUGUAGUAAAUAUAAAUAUUAUAUUUUUGUUUAUCUCUGGGCUUAGUUCAUUAUUGAUAUGGACAUUUGCAAACUCUUUUGCUACUCUUAUGAUAUUUAUCAUUAUUUAUGGGUUUAUGAGCGGAACCGUUUUUUCAUUACUGGCACCCAUCACGGCCGAAAUUACAGGUAUGGAAAAAUACCCUUCUGGUAUUUGCCUUUAUUUGUUUUUCAUGACAGCAGCAAGAUUUGGUCCAACUUUAGCGGGUGCUAUUCAAACGGCUACUGAUAAACAUUCUUUUUUUACAUAUCAAAUGUUUACUGGGAUGGCCUUUGUCUUAUCUGCAGUCGUGAAUAUGUUCUUAAAAUAUCAGUUAAAGCCAAGUGUUUUUGCUAAAAUCUAAUGUAUAUAGUAAUAGUAGUAGUCAUAGUCAUAGUCAUAGUAAUAGCCUCAUUAAACUUAUACUACACACAUAUUUAUAAAUUUGUU